AUGGAUGUAGUGGAGACAGACCUCCGUCAUAGAAGGCCUCGUUUGGACCUGCAAGGUGACAAGAAUCUCGAGGAAAACCGUGAGCCACCCCCUGAAGUCAAACCACUCAUCGACAUAUUUCCGGGUGUCUCCGCCGCCCUUCUUACUCGCGUCUUCGAGAGGAAGUUGAAGGCGACUGAACUCAUACGCUUCAAAGAGAAGUCAGUCACCGAGCAAGAAGAUCAGGAGGACAGGGUCUUCAAGAUGAGCGAGUCGGGAGGCACAGUAGGCUUCAGGAAGGCAGCGGCAACACUUAAGGACUGGGGCCCCAACCUUUAA